UUUACGAACAGGACGCCUGGGCAAGACAAGAGAAGCAAGAAUGUCAUAUCUUCCACACAGAUUUUAACGGUCGAGAUACCUAAAAAGGAGAGGAAAAUGAAAUUUGGGGAACACUUAGCUGCCCAUACUACUCCAGAAUGGCGGAAACAGGACAUUCAGUACGAGACCAUGAAGGAAGCUCUUUACGAGUGUGUAGAAGGGGUGCCAUCAGCAGAAGAGGUCGACCCAGAAACCAUUGAAAGAUAUUAUGCCAAAUUUGAUGAAAAAUUCCUACAGAAAUGUGACAAGGAGCUCAAAAAAAUCAACACAUUUUUUGCAGAAAAACUAGCAGAAGCAGUCAGAAAGUAUGAAAGUCUUAAGGCUGAGCUGGAGGCUUUCAAACGGAUCCACAUGGCAAGCCAGGAGACCAAUUUGCGGAGACGAAAACAAGGUGGUCAGCUUCAGGGACUGCUUAAACUCCCAGCACAUGUUGUGCAAGACAAAUCUGCCAAAACAACAAGGAAAAUUCACGAUUUAAAACUGGCCUACAGCGAAUUUUACUUGAGUCUCAUCUUGUUGCAAAAUUACCAGACUUUGAAUUUUACAGGAUUUCGUAAGAUUUUAAAGAAGCACGACAAGGUGAGUAGAGUCCUAUUCUAAUGGCACAACUAUGCUGUAAGAGUUAUGUUUCAAACUCUUAAAAGUUUGGCUUACUAGUGAACAUGUCAUCAAUGACAGAAUGGGCCAUUCAGAAUGUCAGGCAUUUGAUUGUGACUGUCACAGUGGACCUCAACAUUUUUGUUAGAGAGCAGGUUAAACAUGAAUUAUGCUAGUAUAGCAACGUCAAAAUAGACAUGGAAAUAAUUCUCAAUCGUACACUGAACAAGCUGAUAUAUUUUCUAUGUAGACAUUUUUGUUUGUGAAAUUUUUACUGAAUUGAUUUAAAUUAUACAGACAUAAAUGGCAUCAUAUAGUGAUGAUGAUAUACCUACAAUUUCAGUUAUUACUUUUGACAUUUUGGUGAGUCAUUAAGAAUUGAAGGAUCUAGAACCAUAGUCAGGGGGAAUAUCAUAGAAACACUGUUGUUCAAGGCACAUAGAUGACCAUAAUCAAUAACAAUCUGAUUGAUACAUCCAAAAGAAAAUUUAAACUUUCCAUCUGUUUGCUAGAUGACUCAGGAGAAUUGCAGUUCGUUUAAAAAACCUUUGAGUCAGUGUGCCAUGAACAAAAUUCUAUACUAAAUGUUUAUAUAUAUGUGUAUUAUAAGCAGUUUUGUGUUGUGGAAUGUAUGACAAGAUGUUUACAGGCCUGGUUCAUGUAAGAAUUACUCUUCUUAAAUUAAUACCCAUUUACUAAUUUGUCAUGUAUUAAAUUAAUCCAAAAUAACUGCAUAUUUUAAACCAUAUUUGCUUCAUGUGGAACAAAUAUUAAUUUGUAGCCAAGAUAUUGUUAUAAUUGUCCUCAAAGGAUGCAUGGGGUUUAUUAUUCAAGUGAAGGAUCACAACAUUAAAAUAUUACAUAACUGGGUUAUAAACGGGAACGGGUUAAGUUACGGGGUUAAGUUAAACAAAGGGCACAAAAUGUGGGAGGGCUGGAUAAUUAAUGUAGAACACAACAUCCAUUGCUCAGCCUAGGGGCCAAUUUCAUCUCUCCCUAAAAGGAAUUUCAGACCAAAAAUUGGUCUAAGCUUUUAGACAAAAAAUGUCUACUUCAGUUUGAUAUAAGUCCAAAGUAGUGCACUAACACAAAGAAAGUAUUGGUAUGAAACUUUAGCCUCAACUUUCUUGUUUAAAAAAGGUGCAGUGUUUACUUUGAUUGAAUUACCCCUGAUUUGAAAAAUAAACUUAAGACCAAUAUUCAGGUUCAAUUUUUUUUUGUGAAUUAUGCCUUCAACUCCUGUCAAGCUGCCUAUGCACCUGUAUCAAAGGGGUUUUAAGUAUUUGUAGUUAACCCGUUCCUAUUUAGAGCCAUGUAUUAGUAUUUUGACCCAGACUUAUGUUGGUUAUAAUAUUGAUUAGUGACCAGAGGUAAUUGCAUUGGUACACAGGAAAUAGAGAGAAACAGAAAUAGAUCGGUUGUGAAAAGGGCAUGUUUAGCUGCAAGUAGUUCAGGUAUUAAUUGCACUGAUAUACAUCUUCAUAUUAGUAGAAAGCAUUCUGUUAGUUUUGUUGUCUAACAACACAAGGCAAAUUGACCUUUGAUUUUACAUAUAUUAUUUUAUCUUUUUUUAAGAGUUCAUUAAUGCUCAGUCUCAAGAUGUGAAAUAAGCACUCAAAUAACUCCCAUGAUACUGAGGCCUAAUAAUAUUACAUGAAUGAGGAUAGCACAGUACCCUUCAAUUAAAUCAUUUGUUGUAAUAGCAUUUGGUAAGCACCAGACCACAGACAUAUGGAAGAGUGAUCUCAUUGUGGUAGGUAGGACUCCUCUCAUUGUGUUUAGCUGAGACUGAAAAGAGUUGGGCAUGCUCAAAAUUAAGUAGUGCACUAGUUUUACUCUACCCUAAGCUUUAUCUCAAGUUGA